AUGGCUCGUCACUCAUCGGACGAUGGCCACCCGCCAGUGAACUCGACGGUGGUCGCCAUUGACAAAGACAAGAACAGUCACUACGCUGUUCGUUGGGCCGUCGACCAUCUCUUCAAUCUGAUCAACAAUCCCAACAUGAUUCUUGUCCAUGUUCGUCUUAAAAAUUCUUACCAUAGUGGAAAUGAUAACGAUGACUUAAAUCAGCUUUUUGUUCCUUACAGAGGAUAUUGCGCGCGAAAAGGGAUUACGAUGAUGGAGGUUGUUCUGGAAGAUACAGACGUUGCGAAAGCAGUCUUGGAUUACGUUAACAACAACCUCGUGAACAACAUCGUGGUGGGAUCAUCGUCUUCAAAGAACCCAUUCGCAAGAUCUCUCAAGCUGACUAAAUCCCAUGAUGUUCCAGCUUCGAUCCUCAAAUCAACCCCUGAGUUUUGCUCCAUCUACGUCAUCUCUAAAGGCAAAGUCCAGUCCUCGAGGACAGCUCAAAGAACUAUCACCAAUACACUCGUCCCACCACGUGCACCAUCAUCUACAUUUCAUCACCUAAACGUACCUGACAAUGACCAAGAUCCUGUACCUAGGAGCCAGCGUAGUUCAAGAAACUCAACUCCAGAGAGGUAUCCUAAUCAUGAUAACGGCUUCAAAGCAGGGAGAGAAAGGCUCAGAAGUCCUACAAAUGGAUCAAUGAACUUUCAUCAUGAUUUUCAGCCGGCAAAGGGUCAGAGGAACUCUGGUGGUCAUAGUUCGGUUUCAGAUGAAUCGGAUGGUGGAUCUCUCAUGAUGGGAUCCAUUGAUAUAACUGCUCGUAAUUUUUGGUAUCAUGGGAGGUGGAUCUGCUUCUUCUGA